UGUCAAAUCAGCCCACGUGUUUCAGUAUUCAGAGUAUCUCUAAGCGGAUCUAGAUCUAGAAAUAUAAAUAUAAGCAUAUAAAUAAAUAUAUAUAAAUAAAACAGGGACAGAUCGUGCAUGCCAAGCUGUAAAUACAGCUUAUAGAGUUAUCUUCGCAUGUGUUUCCUCCAGAAGACGAUGGAUGAAUUGCCUCAGCUGAAGAUUGGGUUUAUUGGAGCAGGAAACAUGGCUUAUGGAAUAGCAAAGGGCAUCCUUACACCUGGCGACGUCGUCGCAUCUAACGUGACCGUAAGCGCCCCAUCCAAAAACAACUUCGCUCGCUUCGAGAAAAUGGGAGUCACUCUCACACACUCGAACGAGGAAGUUGUUCAGACUUCUCGUUUGGUCUUCCUGGCAGUCAAACCCCAUCUUAUCCCUGCCGUCCUAAAGGCCGUCUCGGCGCACGUCACCCCACAACAUGUCGUCGUCUCGGUGGCAGCUGGAGUCACCCUAGCGACACUUGAGGGGCUGUUACCCGGAGGAUCCUGUGUGAUGCGUCUGAUGCCGAAUCUUCCGUGCAUGCUUCAGGAAGGUGCCCUGGUUCUGGCACGUGGAACAGGGUGCACACAGGAAGUGGCUUCUCAGCUGAAAGAUCUCCUGUCUCCUUGUGGACUGGUGGAGGUUGGACCCGAGUCCUGGAUCGAUGCCCAUACAGGCCUAAGUGGCAGCGGUGUGGCUUUUGUAUACGUGUUCGCAGAGGCCCUGGCUGAAGGAGCUGUCAAAAUGGGAAUGCCAAGCGUCCUGGCUCAGCGAAUUGCAGCCCAGACCAUACUAGGUGCAGGUCAUUUGUUGCGAGAUGGUGAGAAGCAUCCAGCACAACUGAAGGCUGAAGUGUGUACGCCAGGUGGGACCACGGUGUACGGACUUCACGCGCUGGAAAAAGGAGGGCUCCGGGCAGCCGUCGUGGAUGCCGUCGAGGCGGCGACGCAAAGAGCAAGAGAACUCGGAGGAGCAAAACGUGUCGAAGAAACGAGAUGAGAAAUGAGACAAAAGGACAAAUUAAAUCGCAAACAAUUUCCUGUAUAGCCGGUUGUUUUGUGUUAAACAGAAGAAAUAAAGCCAAGAAACACGG